CUUGUGUGAUAUGAAAUGACAUGUAUCUUAACUUGUAUUAAAUGUAGUUUUCUUAUUCUUCCAGAUKWUGGUAUGAUUKUUGGCAUAGUGYUUGGUGUGAGUUUUGGUCUUGRUAUUCURAUAUGCUGUGUUYGGAUGUGUAAACGUAAAGGUAAUGYWGGCAWUGUACAUAGAGUUCCUGCUGCUACAACAACACAGUCAACAACUAUGACAACAAGUCRUGCACCACCUCCUGGUGCACCUCAGUAUCCUAUGCAGACACAAGGUGGACCUACUCCAGCACAGGGUAGCUUUGCUGUGCCUGCUGGAAGCUAUCCACCUCCAGGCCAACCAAGCUACCCAUCUGAAAAAGGCAGCUACCCACCUCCUCAAGGCAGUUACUCACCACCUCAAGGUAUCUACCCACCACCUCAAGGCACUUACCCACCACCUCAAGGCAGCCACCCACCACCAAUUCAAGGUUCAUUUGCCCCACCUGGUGGCUACUCACCAUACCCUCAAGGUAGCUAUAUUCCACCAGUUAAUGAUCCUGUUCCAAGUGAACCACCUCCACAAUAUCCAGGAAUAAAUGCUGAUUCAUCACAGGCAACUCCUGCCUCCAAUCCCCAGUUUCAAGGACCACCUCAAGCCAGUCCACCAUACCCAACAGGUGGUGAAUAUCCUAUGCAAUCUGGAACACAACAAAAGUAGUGGCCAUCUUAGUUUUAGCACUGUGAAUAGUAUUAUGGAAGAAAAAAACCAUACCCACCUCGCAAUGGGGAUUCCUCACAUGCACAAGACAACAAAACUAGUGGCCUUCUUAGGGGCUCAGCACUUUACAUGUCUCUGAAACCAACCAUGAACUUUCAUCUCAACCCACAUCUCCAAUGUAGCACUUGGGACCAUUAUCACCCCUCCAUACAUUUGUUUAGAAAUAAAACGUGUCAUGGUGAAGUA